UAUGUCACAGAUCUCAAAAUACUAAUUAUAAGGGAAGGUUGGAUCUGGUGUUUAUGGAGAUGUCUAUAAAGCCAUAAAUACAUAAACUGGAAAGAUUGUUGCUAUAAAGAAGAUUAAGAAGCAGGUUGUGUAUAUAAAUUAUAUAUAGUAAUAAGAUUAAGGGGUAUCUGCAGUAGCUGUAAGAGAAACAUCGAUAUUACAAACAGUAUAAUGUGAAAAUAUUGUGAAGUAACAAUUAAAAUGAAAAAAAGAUUGAUUGAAAUUGAAUAUGUUUAAGGUUGCAUUAGAUUAGUAAUGGAAUUCUAUGAUGUUGAUUUGGAUACAUAUUUGAAAUCAAAUAGAUUAGAAAUGAAUAAAAUUUAAGUAAGUUUGUAAAUGUAUCAUAAAUAGGAAAUUUUAUAUGGAAUCUUAAAAGGGAUGAAUGAAUGUCAUAGAAAGAAGUGUAUGCAUAGAGACUUAAAACCUUAGAAUAUAUUAAUUAGUAAAGAUGGUAUUUAUUAUAAAAAUUUUAAUUUUUUAGGUAAAGUUAAAAUUGGUGAUUUCGGUAUGGCUAGAUCUUUCCAAUAAAUACCUGGAUCUUAUACAUAUGAAGUAAUAACACUUUGGUACAGACCACCAGAGUUAUUACUUUAAACUUCUUGUUAUACAACAGCAAUAGAUGUUUGGUCUAUUGGAUGUAUAUUUGCUCAAAUGGUACUAAGAGCACCUUUAUUUGCUGGAGAUAGUGAAAUUUAAUAGAUGAAAUUAAUUUGUGAAAACAUAUCAUUGAAUUAAGAUAAUGCAUAAGUUUUAUCUGUAUCUCAUUAUGAGUAAUUUAUAGAAUUCUGUAUUUUAAAAUUAAUUGGAACAAAAGUUGGAUUAAUAAUUCAAGAAUACAAGUAUGACUUAAGAUGGUUUGGAUUUGUUAAAAGUAAAAAUAUAUUAAUUUUUAGAAAUUAUUAUAAUUGAAUCCAACCAAUAGAAUUUCUUGUCAUGAAGCUCUAAAACAUGUAUAUAUAUUUUUAAUAUUUAAGCCAUUUUUUAAUAAUAUCUAAGAACCAGAUGUUAUAAAUUAAAAUAUGGAUUUAUUAUCUGAGUAUUUUAGAGUUUAAUAAUGA